AGGGGCAUGCCUUGUGUUUGCAGUGGGAAUAAGGAUACUUCUGUUUUCUUCUCUCAUAAGGAGGCUUGUCCUCACGCCCUCAAGUUUUGCUCUAGGUGGAAGAGAGUCCACCUUUAACUGGCCGUAAAUUCAGCAGCAGGCAUGGACCAGUACCUCUUUGGCAACAGGAACGCCGUUCAUUUGGAGAUGCAUCUCCCUGGAUUUUCUGAAAGCCAGGGGCUGGUCUGUAGCGAGGCUCUCAACCAUGAUUUGUGCCUAAAUGCAAAAGACAUGAUGUUUGUGGGGCUGAGUGGCUUGGACAUAGUGCCUGACCUUCCAGCCGUGGAUGCGGCCAGCCACACUCUGGAGGCCGAUUUGAACAUGCUCUCUCUGUAUCCAGUGGAGGACUGCGCCUCUGUUCAGCUCCUCGAUGAGGCCCACUCGCAGCCCUUGCAGCAUGAGCUGGGGCUUCCCACGCCGAUGGCACCAGAGAAGCCUAGAGGAGGAGGCAGAUCUGCAGGGAGAGGAGAGCGUCCCCUCAGCUCUCCUCGGACCUCGCUGCCGGGCUGCAGCCACUGCGGGAAGGUGUUCAGCAGUGCCAGCGCUCUCAGCAAACACUGCCUGACUCACAGCCAGAAAAGGGAACACGUCUGUACCAUCUGCAGCAAAGCCUUUAAACGGCCGGACCGCCUGAGUGGGCACAUGUUGGUGCAUCAGAAAAUAAAACCUUUCGUGUGCUUGGAACGAGACUGCAAUAAGAGUUACUGUGAUCACCGUUCGCUGCGCCGGCAUUACGAACUGCAGCACAGCUUGUGCAGCUUGAAGGAGCCUCCUAAGGAGGGUGCCAGGGAGCAAUCCCCGCUUCUUCCAAGUCCGUAUAUGCAAGGCAGUGGGAAAUCGGUGGAUGGCCUGACUGCAUGCUCCGAGUCAGGCUCUUUCCCACCCAAAAGCAACCUGCUGAGGUGUGCUGUGAACAGCUUUGCAAAUCAGAAGCUUCCCUUGGCUGCCUUGCCCUCUGCAGAGCAGGUGGUUUCUGCCUUGCCAGAUUCCUCCCCAGCCAGCCAGGCCUCUUGCCUUGCAUCUAACAGCAGUGGACUUUCAGAGGCUGCAGGUGACAAUAUGUCGAAGGAUUGCCUCUCAUGCCAACAGAGUGCCCCUUCUUCCAACAUCUGUGCCGUAAUAAAUUCUGGCAACGUCUCCAUGAUUGCACCGGGCAAGAAUGUAGUUACCAAUCUGACCAGUAGGUCUUUUAUUUCAGAAGCUCCGCUCCCCUCAGAGCCUGCGGGGCUGCAGUGUUGUCCCAGCAGCACCCUGCCUUGUUUUCCUGUGUUCAGAGGGCAGAAGCUGCCUGCACACCAGUCGAGCAGUAACUUUCAGUGGAUAAGAAACGUGCCAGUUUGCACUAAACCCAAAAGGAAUAACGUCUGCCUCGCUCACAAGUCACCUGUUGCAGUGCAGGGUGUUUCAGAGGAGUUAGCUGGACCUUCCUGCACGUUCUCAGCUGCGUACGAGUGUCCAGAUGCUUUGUCUUUCCCCAUUGCGCCUUUUAAAGCUGAAGAGGACGCACCGAGCAAGUCAGCACUCCCUUGUUUUGAGGAAGCCUUUCAGUUGGCGAAAACCCACAACUCCCAUCCGUGGGAGAAUGCCAGGGAGUUGAGUUUUCCAGAGGUUCAGAAGUGCAGCACGCUGCAGAGCAAGACCGGACAGCUCUUCUUGAAAGCCCAGGAAACUGCUGCGUGCCUAGAACCACUGCAGGUGCAGCAGCACUUCUUUCAGGUGACCCCCAAGUCUCAGCAGGUCCUGUCUUGCCCUCCUGAGUCUGAGCACUCGGCAGCAAACCCCCUCCAAGCCGGGUUUCAGCAGCAGUCUGCCUUGGCUCCCCAGCUUCUGCAGCCGACGGAGUACGAGGGGCCUUCCACAUACCUCCAAAAGGCCAUCCCCCAGUUCCAGGGCAUUUUGUCAGGCAGGGAGAAACAAGGACUGCAGCCAGCACCCUUGAAAGAAUACCUGGGAUUAAGAGACUCGUCUGUUCCUAGUCAGCCCCAGUAUGCGGUGCCUGGAAGCAUGGCAGGAAGCCACUCUUCUGGGAGGUUGAAUCAGCUAGAAAACAAGGCUUCUGCACUUGAGAGUAAAGUUGGUAGCGCAGAGACAGGCGGGAAGCCGCCAGUAGGUGCUGCCUGGUCUUGGUGUCUGCCUGCCAUCCGCAGAGAGACACUGACACUGGGGCUAAGCGGCGCAGCUCCUCCGAGUCAGGUGGCCAUGGCGUCCUUCUCUUCAGCUCCUGCGGCCAGCGGGACGCGCCGGCUGACCAUUUUCAACAGGAUUCAAGGUGGAAAUAUUUACAGACUUACUAAUGCAGCAAAGGAAGAAGACUUGCCAGCUGGGUGCAAUAAGACUGGUGCUGCUCCUGCUGACGGCAGCAGCUGCGAAAGUGGCUUUCUCCACAAGAACUGCGGUCAGCUGUUCUAUACUGAGAAUGGUCUGGAGAGCCAUAGGUGUCUUCAUAGUGAACAAUGGCAUUUACCACAAAGGAAGGAAGAACAGCAGGUGUGUGAUGCAGGAGACGUAAAUGCUCAGAAACUGACGCUCAAGGCAGCAGGAGAUGGAAACUGUCCCUCAAAACCUGAGAUGCCUUUAGAGGACCUAACAGUGGCUCCUCUGGUGAUUCCUGUCUCUGUACCAGUGAUGGCUGUGAACUCGCAAGCAGGGAGCGAGGUUACUGAAAAGGAAAGCCCAGAUGGGAAGGACCUCAAGGAAAGCUUGCACCAGAAAAAGAGAAAGAGGCAAAUGCGGCCAAAAUCGCUUUUUAUCCCACCUCCGCUGGUCCCUGAAGCCCAGCCGGGGGUGGGAGGGUGUUACCAGAGUAACCUUCGUUCGCCUGUGUUUCUGGUGGAUCAUCUCCUGAGCGACUUGUUCCAGUCCUCUCCUUACACGCCGCCUCCGAUGCUCAGCCCCAUGCGGGAAGGAUCAGGCCUCUAUUUCAGCACUUGCUGUUCUUCCUCUGCUAGCGGUGAUCCCAACCAGCUGUUCAGUGCUGGUUUAGGCAGAAUGGACAGGGACUUUGGAUUUUGUCUGAUGAAGGACAACACAAAAAUCAGCAUUCAGCCACGCAUCAACAUUGGAAGUCAAUUUCAGGCAGAGUUGCCAGACCUCCGGGAUAGAUCGGAUUUGGAGGAGGCUGAAGAGCCAGCAUCAUUGGUGUGGAAGCCCUGGGGAGACAUGGCAACUAACCCGGAAACACAGGACAGAGUAACAGAACUGCUCAAGCUGGCCUGCUCCAGUGUCAUGCCGGGGGGAGGAACGAACCUAGAGCUAGCCUUGCAUUGCCUGCAUGAAGCACGAGGCAACGUUAUGGAGGCUCUGGAGAUGCUGCUUUCUGGUGGGCCUCAGAAAUCUGAAUCCCAUCCUCUGGCUAAUUAUCAUUACACAGGUUCAGAUACUUGGACACCUCUUGAGAAGGAGUUGUUUAGAAAGGCUUUUCGCGUACACAAGAAGGAUUUUCACCUGAUACAGAAGCAGAUUCAGACUAAGAGUGUGUCCCAGUGUGUUGAAUAUUACUACACCUGCAAAAAAAAAAGGGCAUUUCGCCUCAAUCGAGAUCAAGUAAUGGGAAAAAGGGUCAAGAGAGUCAAGUAUGAGAUGGAAGAGACUGAAGAAAAGGCUGUUGGCAGCCCAAAGAAGAGGCGCCGUUCUGUGUCUAAGGAAAGCACGACGAUAAAGCAGAAGAGUUAUAAAAGGAUGCCCCGCAGCGAAGGCAGUCCAUCCUGCGAUCUGAAUGAGUCUCCACAGCAGGCUGGAAGUGCAGACCAGCAGAGUGUAUUUCCGUGCAAAGUGUGCAAAAGGGUGUUUGACACGGUAAAAGGUAGGAACGCUCAUAUGAAAAGGCAUCGUGCACAGAAAGCAGGUAGAGCCUCUCCUGGGGAUUAAAUGGCCCUCGAAGCAUUUUAAAAGUGAGGCAAAGAUGGAAGAAACCUACCUGCUGACCAUCUCCAAUGGUAACUGAGAAACUGUUGAUUUCAGAGUAGCAAUGAUGUUAGUUUUCCCCGUCUAGAAAAACGUGAACUUUCUCUAGCAUCUGGGCAGUGGCUGAGCUCUGAGGACGAUUAGACGACAUGAGAUCACCUGCACUCUUCAACCUAAUCCAU